UCAACCACUACUUCCUUUCCCGCCACAUUAGGCGCGCGUGUUUUCUGCUGAGAGAUCCCAAGUUUCGCCGUCGGUCUCUGCGUCCCUCCACGGACUGCAGGAGCCACAGGAGCCCAGGACUCCGUCGCUGGAAAUGGAGUCAGUGACCUUUGAGGAUGUGGCUGUGAAGUUCACUGUGAAGGAAUGGGCUAUGCUGGAUCUCAAACAAAAGGAGCUCUACAAAGAUGUGAUGCAGGAAACCUUGAGGAACUUGGCCUCUAUAGGAAACAAAUGGGGAAGCAAGAACAUUGAAAAUGAGUAUGAAAAUCUCUGGAAACAACUAAGCAGCCAGCUGAAGGAGAAAUUCUGUGAAUGUAAAGAAGGUCAUCAAUGUGCAGAAACCUUCAGCUGCAUUCCAGAGCAUCCUGUGAAUCAGAAAUCUUAUCCAGAAGUCCCUACAUUUGAAAACCAUGUGUGUAGAGAAGUUGGCAUUGGCCAUUUCUCUCAUGGUAUGCUCCUUAAGCCUCAUACAGGACACAAACCUUAUGAAGAUCAGGAACGUGGAAAGUCAUUGUAUAAACAUAAGGAGUUUGGGAACAUCUCCACUUCUCCAUCCUUUGAGAAACAUAAAGGGGCUCAUACUGAAGACAAACAUAUGAAUAAUCACUGUAAUGAAGACCUUAGGUGUCUCAGAACUGGUCAAAAGUAUGAACAAUGUCACCAUGCAAAGAAAUCCUGUGUAUGUAAGAAAUGUAGGAAAGCCUUUACUUGUCCCAGGGACCUACAAAUACAUGAACGCAUUCACACUGGUGAGAAGCCAUAUGUGUGCAAGCAGUGUGGGAAAACCUUUACUCGUUUGGAUUCCCUUUUAAGACAUAAAAUAACUCACACUGGUGAGAAGCCCUAUGCGUGUAAUCAUUGUGGAAAAACUUUCCCUCGUUCUGCUUCUCUUAAAAGACAUACAAAAAUUCAUACUGGAGAAAAGCCCUAUGUAUGUAAGCAGUGCGAGAAAGCCUUCAUUACUUCUACUCAGCUUCAUGCACAUGAACGAACUCACACUGGGGAAAAGCCUUACGUAUGCCAGCAGUGUGGGAAUGCCUUCAGGCUUUGGAAUCAGUUACGAAAACAUCAAGUAAUUCACAGUGGAGUGAAUCCCUAUGUUUGUAAGCAAUGUGGGAAAGGCUUCACUUCUUCCAGUUCCCUACAGACACAUGAAAGAAUCCACACUGGAGAGAGGCCCUAUGUGUGUGAGCAGUGUGGGAAAACUUUUCCCCGUUCCAGUUCCCUUCUGACACAUAAAAGAAUUCAUACUGGAGAGAAACCCUAUGCAUGCAAACAGUGUGGGAAAGCUUUCACUGAUUAUAGUUCUCUUCGAUUCCAUACUAGAAUGCACAGUGGAGAAAAACCCUACAGAUGUAAGCAAUGUGGGAAGGCUUUUGCUUGUUCUGGUACCUUUAGAAAACAUGAAAGGAUUCACACUGGAGAGAAGCCCUAUGUGUGUUUGCAGUGUGGGAAAGCUUUCGGUUCUGACAGCUCUUUUCGAAAACAUAAGAUAACUCAUAGUGGAGAGAAACCCUAUUCAUGCAAACAAUGUGGAAAAGCUUUUGCUUAUUCUAGUUAUGUUCAAAUACAUGAAAGAAUCCACACUGGUGAGAAACCGUAUGUCUGUAAGCAAUGUGGAAAAGCUUUUUUAUCUUUGAGUCAAUUACGAAGUCAUGAAGCCUCUCACAUUCGUAAGGAUCCUUGUGAAUGUAAGCAUUGUGGAAAAGCUUUUUUGUCUUUGAAUCAAUUACGAAGUCAUGAAGCCUCUCACAUUCGUAAGAAUCCUUAUGAAUGUAAGCAUUGUGGGAAGACAUUUGCCUUUUUAGAAACCUUUCAAAAUCAUGAAAGGGCUCGUGGAGAGAAGCCCUAUGUAUGUUUAUAUUGCAAGAAAGUGUUCUGUUCCAAAGAUACUUUUCGGGGACAUAAAAGGAGUCAUACUGGAGGAAAAUCAUGUGUAUGUGAGCAAUGUGGUAAAGUUCUCAAUACUUACAAAUCGCUGAAAUAUCACAAAAUGUCACAUAGUGGAGAGAAACCCUUUGAAUGUAAGGAAUGUGAGAAACGCUUUAGGGCAUGUAGCCAACUUCAAGAGCAUGUACGAACUCACACUGGAGAGAGACCUUAUAAAUGUAAGCAGUGUGGGAGAGGGUUCUUGAGUUUAUCUAAAUUACGAAGACAUGAAGCAACUCAUAGCAGAAUGAAUUAGGUAAUGUGAGAAAGCCAAAUUCGUUUGGUUGGUUUGGUAGCUCCCACAGAAAUAAAAUUACAUAAGAGUGAAAUGGUUUUUGCUAGCAAUGUAGCCUUCUAUAGUCCUGAAUCCUCAGGAAGAAAACAUGAAAUGAGUCUCAGUAAAACCUGUUUGUUUUUUUUUGUUUGUUUUUUUUUUUUCCAGUCAA